AUGAAUGUAAUUAGUGGAUUUCCAAUUGAUGGUUCCUAUGAAUAUAUCAAGAAGUUAUUUUCUUCAAGAUGUACGCAUAUAAUAGGAAAUUUAAUAAUCUAUGGACUUCAUCCGAGUCCAAAUGGAACGGAACCAGAUUUAGGUUUUCUAAAAAGCAUAGAAGAAAUUAGUGGAUUUUUGAUAAUUAUGAAUUCAAGUAUCCGCGAAAUACCCUUUUCUAGCCUCAAAGUUAUUCGUGGACUUGGAGGGGGAUAUAAAAUUCAUGAAGAUCUGCCACCGGCUACUCUUCUCAUAAGGCACAACUACGAUUCAAAUCGCAUCCUCUACAGAAUAAACUUUGACCAACUUAAAGCGAUCGAAAACGGGGAUGUCUAUAUGUUUGAUAAUCCUGUUGGCUGUGAUCUGGUCGGUGGACUUGUAUUCAAAAAUCUCUUCACUAAUCCUGCGGAACAGCGCUUUCACAAUUCCCUUGAUUUGGAUUUACCUAUUUUGAAUUCCACCCUAAACGAACCCUGCCAAUCAUCCAAUCCAGGCGCAUUACUUGCAUCUAAUGGAGGACGAUGCCAGAAACGCAGCUGUGAUUGGUGCUUUCAGAUGCCUGACCAGGGACCAGAAAGAGAAGAGUACUGUUGUCACCCCUCUUGCCUUGGAGGUUGCACAGGUCCACAAGAAUCCGAUUGCUUUGCAUGCAAAAACUUUUAUGACGGAGAAAAAUGUGUGGAAAGCUGUCCAAAACCGACAACAGUUCAACACUACCGAUUAACCCUGAAUGUUCGUUUUAAGUAUGAAUUCAAUGGUUUCUGUGUUAACGAAUGUCCUGGCAAUGAGAUUGCGCUAAACUUCGUCAAGUUCUCAAACGAAUUCCAACCAUGA